AUGGAACUGCCAUCACCAGCACCAAAGAUACUUUCGCUCCGGCUGAGCCCCUGGAUGGCAGAGAUGGAGCAUCCCUUGUACACUGAGUUCUACCGUUGGGGCUACGCCAAUGAAGUCUAUACAUCAGAAACCGAUGCGGAGAAAGUGAUCCGAGCACUACAUGAAAAUCUCGUCGAAUACGAUAUUAUCUUGCUUGCCGACGAUGGCAUUUUCAGAGAAGGCCGAAAGAUCCGCAUUCAUACAGCCCAGAACGGUCAUUAUACACUAUAUGUAAAAAAAGAAAGGGCAACUAGUGUCGUAGAUGAACAUAGGUUACUCGCUACCGCCUUGGUGUGGUUCGUUGGGCGUGGCGGCAAUCUUUUCCUACUGAAGAACUUCGUAAAGCAUUCCAGUGCAGCACAAAUGGAACUGUUCUUCAAGAAUUUUGAUCUUACUUGGACAGUCUCCCCCCAAAGACGCAUCAAGAAAACGUUGUCUUUGAAUAGGCAAUGCGAAAUCCUCCAAUCAAACGGUUCGAACAGCUUGCCAUGCUUUUACGAAAGUUCGGUCUCCCUUCUUGAGAAUGUCAAAUCCAAAGAGAACCUUUAUAUGUGUGGCUCGGCCUCAGGUAUCGCGGUCGCGGAAUACGAAAACGGCCGUGUUAUAUACUUCGGAGACGAUACGAAGGUGAUGACUGAAGCAACCGCUCAUAUCCUCAUCACUUUCUGCGGUGGGAGUGCACGGUACAUCAACGAAAAUGGUCGAUAUCCGAGUUCCGGAUACUUCUACGAUAAAAUCCAAGAGCAGAGAGACAGAAAGAAACAAGAAGAGCAAGCAAAGAAGCAAGGCGAACAAGCCGAGGAACAAGAGAGUUUGAGGUCAUCGGAUCAUAGCCAGGACAGAACAGAAGUCAGCUCCACAGAAGAGCGAGGCAGAUCAUUGGAAAGACAAGGACGCAAGUGA